AUGCCCCUGCCUCUUCCCCUUUCCUCCUCGCGCCGCGCCUCGCUCUCCCUCGACGCGCCCGCUCGCCCGAAACCUCCGACGCCAUGGCCGACCCCGUCCACGCGACCACCGUCGUCCCCGCGUGCUUGGAGCUUGACCAGGAGCUCCGUUCGCCUCCGCUGCAUCGUCCACGAGCACCGUCCCGAGUUAGGACGCCUCCAAGCCUCGCCAUCGUCUUCUUCUUCCCGUCUGCACCGCCACGGUGUCCUCGCCUCGAUUCGUCGCCUCCCGAGCUCCCUCGGCCUCCCCGACCAUGUCCCCGGCUCCAUGGUGAGCUCCUCCCCUGUAUCCCCCUUAUCCCCCCUCGAUUUAGUCGCCGUAUGCCACUGUCCCUGCCGCGCCCGAAGUUUGCUGUGCGUGUGCGCUCGUCGUGCUCCGCCGUCGUCGCCCCCAACCGCCCCGCCUCCAUCACUGAGCCGCCGCGGCCGCCUCUGCUUCGCCUCCGCCGCUCCGCGACCGGCUCCCCCGGGGCUCGGCCUCUGCCCCGCGGUGCCGCGCCCCGCACCUGGCUGUGCCCGCAGCCGCCUGGAUCGCCGCCAUCCUGCGCCCCGCCGGGGACCACCCUCGCCCCGCGGCCAUCCCCUGUGCCCGGGCGGGGGCCUCGCCCCGUCACUGCCCGCAUGCGCCACCGCGGCGCCUCCCGCCUUCGGCCGCCGCAGGCCCCGCCCCGCCGCACCUUGCUCGCCGGCGGCGCGCCUUGGCCGCGGCCACGCCUUGGGCGUGUGCUCGCGAGCCCUGGCGGGUUCAUCCCGCCCCGCCACCCGUUACGCCCGCUCCGCCGGGCCCCUGUACCACUGA